AUGAGCUCUGUGAUGGGAGGCGUAACGAACCCGUUUGAGGAUCCUCAUCCUUCUCGUAGUCGACGGGCUCGCCGAGCCCCUAGUACACUUCCUGCGGCGUCUUUGACGGACGAACCCCCAAUCUGGGCGGCACGGCACGUGGAAUGGCCUAUUCCAGCCGCGCUGUCGCUAUCGAAUUACCAAAAGCUAGUCAAAGCCAGUCAGCAAGCCGGACAACAGCUGGGCUUGCAUUCCAGUAAGGAUGGAGCAAAAAAUCCUACCGGUACUGGCAGCGGGACUACUACUAAGUCGUCGGCGGGGCGAAGAUUUGGAAGCGGAAGCACAGAUACGUCCACUGAUGAAACGGACGAAUCCAACUACUACGGUAUAGGUGGCUUUAUGAGCCGCGUACUCAAUACAUCGCAGGGGAAUGAGGCGAAAGGGUCAGACACGCUAGAGGACCGCACCGUCAACACCGCGUCUUCUUCCGGGUCCCUCCCUCUGCGUCCGCCGCGUCCCCAUUGUGUGGCCGCUGCCAACGGAUGGAUCGUUGCGGCACUCGAGUGCCCCGGACAGUCGUCGUCCCAGCCAAUUCUGCGUCUCGUAUCACGGUGGAACGUCCGUCGCGGUGGGGGUCUUGCGGAUCAGUGGAUAGCGCUGCCUCCGCCCGCUCGUGGAGAUGGCCGUAUUCGCCAUGUCCUGGUCGAUCCUACGGCUUCCCAUACCCUCUUGAGUGCUGCCAACGGUGAGCUCUAUUACAUUCAUUCCAAUGCCACGCCCAAACGUGCCGUUCGGAAGUUGCUAGGCUUUGGUCCGGCUGUUGACGGCAGUCCUGUUGAUCCAGUUUCGUUCUUGACCGGCAUUGCUGCAACUGCGGUUGCGCAUCGACGGGACGACACGUCACAACAGUCGAUCCAGAAAGGACUCUCACAGGAUACAUAUGUGACAGCCGUGGCAUGGGACAAAGAUAAAGGUACGGAAGGUUCCUCCAAACCCAUUUUGCUGGGCACUUCCAACGGAGAAAUAUAUGAGUAUGCCGUCGUAUCGCCACAACGCGAGGAAUCGUCCGAGGACAAGAUCCUCAACUCCCGAAUGCCGAUUUUGUUGCACAAGCUUUCCACCGAAACGGAUGAAUCCAGUGCAGCGGCCGUCUCGGGUAUUUACGUCGAACGCCUGCGCACUGGAUUGCUCAUCCUCGUUGCCACGUCGGGUCGACAUCAACGCACGCGAUUCCACACUUUUUAUUCCCCACACAGUUCUAGUUUUCCAAUGGUCUUGGCUGAUCAAGUCCAUACGUCCUUGACGGAAUUGCCUGGCUCAAUAGAAUUUGCCGAUUUACAGGUUUGCGCGGAUCAAUUUGCUAUGCGAACGGCAACGGGGAUAUAUUACGGUACGGUAGAUCGCACUUUGAGCAGUCCGAGCGUAUUGGCUGGUGGCAGUAGCAUGGUCAUGGAGACGGGGUUGUUGAGUUACUCCGAAGGAAUUGUACCGUGCGUAUCGCUUGCCGUGACACCACAUCACUGGGUGUUGCUAACGGAAGCCAAUGAGGUUCGAUACGUUAACCGGGUUGCACAAAAGGUUAUUCAAAAGGAACGCGUCGAUCUCGACAACAACAGUAACUCUUCAACGAACGAGAGUGCACUCGGACUUGGAUCCCUACUCAUGGAUAUUCGGCGACCCGAUCAAGUCUGGCUUCGUAAAGCUCGAUCGCUCGUACACAUUUCGUCGAGCCAAGAAGACCGGGACGUGUGGAAAUUCACGUUACAAAAGUGCUUGACAAACGCCUCCACAGCGACUGCAAUAGGUUUGUCUUCCGGCGACCGCCAGAAUCAGCGCAAGGACACUGUCAAUCGAUCCACUUCGGUUUUGUCGGAUCAAGAAAUAGCUCAAGAAGCAUUGUUUGAACAGGCCAAGGCGUUGUGCACCAACUCGGCGCAAAAGGCCGUAGUGACUGCUGUUCGCGCCGAGUACCACUUGUCGCAGGGAAGGGCGGAAUUGGCGGCCAAGUACCUGGCGCAGUGCCCUUCCUAUAUCGAGCCAUUCGCCGACACCGCCAUUCGUCUUGCUCUGCCCAAGUUGGGCAUCGAUGAUCCGCAAGGUUACGGCGGCUCUUGGAAAGCCCGCGCUAGUUUGGAAUCAAGCAAUCUUCCUCUCAUUACGUACUUGGUCGACAAUAUGAGGAUUGGAAAGAUGAACGAGGACAAAAUGACAUGCACCAUGAUUGGUGCCUGGCUUGCUGAGCUUUAUCUACACGAGCGCAGUGAGCCGUCUUUGCAAGCUUUGUCUAGUAGCGGAGCAGAUUCGGAGACAGCUGCGCAGCACAAAGCUCUGUUGUCACAAUUUCUGGACGCCAACGUCGACAAUAUGGAUGCGAAAACGAUAAUGAAAAUUCUUACGUCUCACGAUGUGGAGGCUGCAGAGUGUGCGACGUUUGCAACGAGGAGUGGUGACAUUGCCACCGCCGUCAAUGCAGCGCUAAGCAUUGGUUCUAAAGACAAUAGUGGAGCCUGUGCUGCGUUGAAAAUCUUGAACGAGGCUCCAUUUCAAGAUGCCGAGCCACUGUACUACAAACACGCUUCGAUUUUUAUGGCCCAGGCGCCCAGCGCGGCGACGGAGAGCUUUCUCGCUCUCUAUCCAGCGGGCCUGAACCCUCUGCGGCUCUUACCUUAUAUCAUGCGCUACGAAAAACUCCGCAGUGAAUUGGCACGGACUAAAAAAGGCUUGGAAGCGGCCAAGAGCCAGGGAUCUCUGGACCCUUCCUUCGCGAGAGGGAACAGACACGAUGUCAGUAUGGGAUCGAAGACUUCGAACGACGGCCUUGAAACUCGAAGCAAUACCAAUAGCAAUCAAGCACCGUCUUUCGUGGAUGAUUCCACUGUUUCCGCAAAUUACUUGGAAGGAGUAAUCAGCCAAGGUUGCCAGAGUACGGCUGUUUAUAAUUAUUUGAUUUCUUUGUACUCAAACUUCGAGGACGAGGAGCCGCUCUACAAGUUUCUUUCCUCACACGUUGCAUCAUCGGCGGCCGUGAUUGAAGCCACAACCAAGGGCUUCCUUUCGGGAGAAUGGACGCCUCCUGUUGCGGCGAAUCAAGAACUCUCUACAGCUCUGGACCUGUCCUACGCGCUUAGGACAAUUUUGGGAACUGGCCGGCACUUUCGAUCAGCAAUCAAGCUUUACUUGGGAUUAGGUAUGCGACAACAAGCUGUGGAACUUGCUCUUAAAGUAGACCCCUCCCUCGCUCGUGAAAUUGCACAGGAAAGCACUGAACUAGAAGAAAGAAAAGGCUUAUGGUUAAUGAUUGCCAAGAAUGCUGCAACCGAUGGCAGUAGCAGGGGCGGGAAAGAUGUUGUAUCUCGUGUUGUGUCAGUGCUUCGUGAUUGUGGCCCGGACGUCAUUUCAAUAGAAGACGUUUUACCCUUCCUCCCUGACUUUGCGCAAAUCGAUCAAAUUAAAGAUGAAAUAUGCGAGGCUUUGACAUCUUAUUCUACAAAGAUUGAUGGCUUUCUGAGAGAGAUGAAUGAGUGUGAUAGGACGUGUGAUGCUCUCCGGCAAGAUAUUGCACGGCUUCGGAAUCAUCACAUGCAAGUGAAGGCUGAUGCUCGUUGCGCGUUCACGAAUAAGCCUGUAGUGACUUCUGGGGAACCAUUCUAUGUCUUUCCUUCCGGCUACGUUUUUCUCGAAAGUGCUUUAAAACGCGAGGUUAUGCCAUAUCUGAACGACAAGCAACGUUCGCGAGUGUCCGAGGUUGAACACGAACUAAAGAUGACUCCGAGACAUAACAUAUCUCGUCGCAACCUCUUGCGCGCUGAACUCGACGGUUUGAUUGCGGCCGAGUGUCCUCUAACGGGUUCAAUUAUGGUUGAAAGCAUCGACAGACCAUUUGAGGAGGACCUUUGAUUUAGAUAUUGUAGAAAUAAAGUUUCGAGCGCU